GCCUGUAGCUUAUGUGGUAUCGCCCUGGUUUAAAGCAAGUUUUCUUUUUGUCAGAGAGAUACACACUCGUCAUUAAAGGUUUCUGCAUGUAGCAGUAAUAAGGCUAUAAGGAAAUCUGCUGUCUUCGGCUGUCCACAGAUUCACAGACUGUAUUAAUAGAUAGGAUUAGUGAAGAACAGGUCAGAAGGCUGCAAAGCUCCUGUCCCUUGAGAUUUCCUUCUUUAGAUCAUUAGUCUCAUUGAAGAGCUCUCUUCAAUACAGGGAGCAGAAACUGAGGAAAAGGCUGGAGCCAUUUUAUUUCCCCAGGACGCACUAAAGAAAGGGCAAUUUCUGGGUCACAAUCCCUGCUGAAAAUGUCUGUCCAGUUUUCUUCACAGGCACCCUGGAGGAACAACAACAUCAGUUUUCUGAGCAGAGAAGCAGCUGUAACAGAGCAAGGAGAGACUAUCAUAGGUUUCUACCUACUGGCUUUAGGUUGGCUGUCCUGGUUCGGAAAUAGCAUUGUGAUUUUUGUUCUAUAUAAACAAAGACAUCUUCUGCAGCCCACUGACUACCUCACAUUUAACUUGGCAGUGUCAGAUGCUAGUAUCUCUGUGUUUGGUUAUUCACGAGGGAUCAUUGAAAUCUUUAAUGUCUUCAGAGAUGAUGGCUUCAUUAUCACAUCGAUAUGGACUUGCCAGAUUGAUGGCUUCCUGACCCUUCUGUUUGGCCUUGCUAGCAUUAAUACCCUUACAGUAAUCAGUGUGACUCGCUACAUCAAGGGCUGCCAUCCUGAGAAAAGUCACUGCAUCAGCAACAGCAGCAUGACGGUGUCUCUGGUUCUCAUUUGGGUAGCAGCUUUCUUCUGGUCAGGAGCUCCAUUACUUGGCUGGGGCAGUUACACAGAUCGAAUGUAUGGCACAUGUGAGAUAGACUGGGCAAAAGCCAACUUCUCUACGAUCUACAAGUCCUACAUCGUCUCCAUUUUUAUCUGCUGUUUUUUCCUACCUGUCACUGUCAUGGUCUUCUCAUAUGUGUCAAUUAUAAAUACUGUCAAGCUAAGCCAUGCAUUAACAGGACUGGCUGAUCCUACAGACAGACAGAGGAGAGUAGAGCGGGACGUCACCAGGGUUUCUAUUGUGAUUUGCACAGCCUUCAUUAUUGCAUGGUCACCAUAUGCUGUCAUCUCUAUAUGGUCUGCCUAUGGUUACCCUGUGCCCAACCUUACCAGCAUCCUUGCCAGUUUGUUUGCUAAGUCUGCCAGUUUCUACAAUCCCAUUAUCUACUUUGGAAUGAGCUCCAAAUUUCGGAGGGACAUUUUCAUCUUGUUCCAUUGUGCCAAGGAAGUCAAGGACCCUGUGAAGCUCAAACGUUUCAAAAACCUCAAGCAGAAACAACAAGAGCCCUCCCAGAAAGAAGAGAAGUAUGCAGGAGAAAUGCACCCGGCACCAAGCCCUGAUUCUGGGGUGGGAAGUCCAACCAACACCCCACCUCCAGCAAACAGGGAGGUGGAUAUUGGUAUUUUCGAUACACCAUCUAAUAACCCUGAUAUUGAAUGUGAUAGACUGUAAGUUUUGCAGCCACUUCACACACGCAUCCACUUUAUGUUCAGGAAGACCCUCCUCAGACCCGUGCUAGAAUGAUUUCCUAAUUCCCAGUCUGUCUGUUCCUUGCGAUAGCACUGAUGACUAUACAACUCAAGCAAAUCAGGCAGUAAAAUGAUAUUUUCUUGUAUGUAGGUACAAAAUGCCAUGAAGCACAUUGCAAUGUGCUGCAGCUUACUUAGUGCCAGAAACAUUUAUUUGUUUCCAGUGUGCAGGAAAA